CCCCUACCCUUCCGUCGCUUCAUUUUUCUUUCACAAGCUUUAUCCCUUCCUGCGGAAAUGUACCGGCCUCGUUUUCAUUUCGUAGGGAGGAAAUUUCCGUCUCCCUUCCUUCCACCACUUUCUCUUCCAUACCGGGCAAUGUUUCUUUUUUCGCGGAGGGAAUUUUCUCGCCUUCCCGAUCUCCCGUUUCGUCUUCUUACUGGAACACAAGUCCACUUAUCUUACUUGUAGUUCCUCCAAGCACCGUACGGUCCAGAGUUCGCGUAAUUAUCCCUUUGCGUGAAGACACAUGAUUCACUGUCGCUCCUACCUAGCUACCACCUGACCGUCCACCUAGACGAUCGGCUCGUCGUGUUUCGCUCGCGAGGCGCAGUGUUCUGUCACCUACCGCCGCGGGGAUAUAUAGUAAUGGUUAUCGUUUUAUCAAAUGACUUUCCGAGACAGUCGUGCGGGAGAAAGAGCACACCUCAACGCCCGAUCCGACGACCAGUUUACAUCGGUAACGUCUACGUUCGAGGUAUCCCUUCGGAACCCGGUGGCAAUCGCGUCCCAGUUUCCUGCCUUGAGCGGAGGCCGUUCCCAAUUCUCAUUCGCGUCUCUCAACGUGGCCAUCGUCCGCUAUGUAUGAGACAAGGGACGAGAAAGAACUGGGUAUCGAUAACGUCGUCUUUCAAAUAGACGAGCCCCAUAUCGGGAAUGGCGGGACGAGGUAUUACCCUGGGAACUCGACGAGCGCCUCGGACGAGCAGGUCGUCGAACCGGGAAAAGAACGCGCGACAUGGAACAACAGCGUGGAAUUCCUCAUGUCGUGUAUCGCCGUGUCGGUCGGUUUUGGCAAUAUCUGGCGCUUCCCGUUCACGGCUUACGAGAACGGCGGCGGCGCCUUUCUCAUCCCGUACGUGAUCCUGCUCUUCCUGGUGGGAAAGCCGUUCUACUUCUUGGAGAUGAUCAUCGGACAGUUCUCCGGCAACUCAUCCGUCAAAGUCUGGAGCAUGUCGCCGGGCUUCGUUGGAGUCGGAUGGGCGCAAUUCUGCUCAACCAUCGCUCUGGCGACCUACUACAGCUCCCUGAUGGCAUUGACACUUUAUUAUCUGAUCGCAUCCUUCUCCGCCGAAUUGCCUUGGGCUACUUGUCUGAAGGAAUGGGGUGACACGUGUGUCGAUUCGAGUACCAAAAGGAAUCACAGUGCAGAUGGCACGGCGGAAGAAAACAUUCAUUUUCUCGAGCAUUUCCUGAACGGCAGCAGUAAGCUUCAAAGCUCGGCUGAAUUAUACUUUUCCCGAGUGGUGUUGCACGAGAAGGAGAACAUCGACGACGGGAUCGGAUUGCCGGACUGGAAGCUAACGCUGUGCCUCCUUGGCAGUUGGGCGGCGGUCUGCAUGGUACUCUUCCAAGGUGUAAAGAGCUCGGGAAGAUUCUCUUAUUUCCUGGCAAUUUUUCCAUACAUCGUACUGUUCUCGCUACUGAUUCGCGCGGUUACUCUGGACGGCUCAUUAAACGGGAUCUUGUACUUUAUCACGCCGAAAUGGUCGAAACUCCUGGAGCCGACCGUCUGGUACGCCGCCGUCACCCAGUGCUUCUUCUCACUUUCAGUCUGCUUCGGCAGCAUUAUCACGUACUCCUCGCAUAACGGCUUCAAGCACAACAUCUACAGAGACGUCAUAAUAAUUACUUCGUUGGACACGAUUACGAGUUUGUUGGCCGGCUGCACGAUAUUUGGGAUCCUCGGCAAUUUGGCAUACGAAUUAGGUGUGGAAGAUAUAUCCAAAGUGGUCAGAGGCGGAGCUGGUCUGGCAUUCGUAUCUUAUCCCGACGCGAUAGCGAAGUUUAACUUUCUACCACAGUUAUUUGCCGUGCUCUUUUUCUUCAUGAUGUUCGUCCUUGGUGUUGGUAGCGCCGUGGGAAUGACGACGGGCAUCAUCACGGUAGUAAACGAGCAGUUUCCACGGCUCAAAACUUGGCAGAUCGUAGUUCCGACUUGUUUGCUUGGUUUCUUAAUCGGCACAGUCUACGUAACACCGGGUGGGCAGUUUAUUUUAACUCUGGUGGACUAUUACGGCACGUCAUUCGUCGUUUUCAUCUUGGCGUCGUUCGAAAUGACUGGAGUGAUUUGGUUUUACGGUUUCGAGAACUUUCUGGAGGACGUGGAAUUUAUGCUGGACCGACAGCCGAGCGUUUACUGGAGAAUAUGUUGGUUUAUAGUGACGCCGUUGAUACUAAUAACAAUCUUCAUUUACACCAUAGCCACCUUGUCGCCUUUGACCUACGGUGGAACACCACUGCCGGGAUACGCGCACGCUGUCGGAUGGACGAUACUCUGCAUCGGUGUUCUUCAAAUACCGCUGUGGAUGCUGAUCGGAAUGUUGAAGAAUCGGGAACUGCCGUUCGCACAGAUGGUAAGAAAAGCUUUCGCACCUGCGAGAGGAUGGGGUCCACGAGAGGUGCAGCAACGCAAAGAUUGGAGGAUUUUCAAGGAGGAGAGAGCGAGAAAUCGGGAGAAGAGGAUCCAACCAGUCUGGAAGCAAAUACUCUACAUUCUUUUGAACAUGGAACCAAUAUAGAGCGUACAACUUCGUACCGGCUCGAGAUGCUUUAAAGUUGUUCGAAUUUUCAAGUCAUUUCUGCCGCGGCGGGAUCCGUGGCAAAAACCACGAGAUACGUAAUAUAAAAAAAAAUAUCUGUUCUCUAAACUUAACUACAUGCGGAUUUUCAGGAAAUAAUUUAAUUUUUUUUAUUAUUUGACGUAACCAAAUAAUGUGUAACUUGAAAAAAUAGCCAGAUAUAACCCCAUAAUUAUAUAUUUUUUAAAUUAAAUUAAUAAUACAAAGAAAUUAUCAAUCCGCAUGAAGUUGUAUAUUUAUAUUUAAAAAAUUUAUAGUAGUAUGCUUAAAACUUAGCUCUCGCUUAGUUCCCGUAAUUCUUAUGUGUAAUGUUGCACUGUGUGCAACACGAUACGUGACAAAGAGCUGCCAAUGUUAUUAAGAAUCCUUUCACUCGAUCGCUAUGCGAUUAUCUUCACACGAACAAUCCGAA